AUUUGUGACCUACAAAGUGUCAUGUUUGCCCCAAAGUGUGCGUAACAAAUCCCAAAAACAUGACGGCAGUAACAAACUGAUCAGGGCUGAUUGCAGCCUGCUGUGUGGGGACUUUACCUGCUACUGCAGGGUCUACCUUACAGCAUAAAGCAGCACCAGCUGACUGUUGCUGUGAUUGAAAAACCUGCUCCAACUUUCAGUGCCUCGAGCUGCAGUCCAAACAGCACAAAGACCAACGAGUCUGACCGGAUUCUUUGGUGGGGCCCUGAUGACUUCUAGAAACAGGUGGAGCUGAACAUACAUCUGACUUAUUUAAAGUCUACGGUGAGCUGAAACAGCUGCAGUUAACCAUGGCUCUGCAGCAGUUUGUGUGCUGCGUCACUGUGCUGAUCAUUUUCUUCUGCAAAGGUUGUGACUCACAGCAGCCCGCAUGUGGCAGCAGGGCUGUGAACAGCAGCAGCAUCACAGGAGAUGGUGUCGCUGCAGCAGGAAGUUGGCCCUGGUUCGCUUAUAUAAGAGUUGAUGGAGGGCCUCGGAAGAUUAAUGUUGGUCUUGGAGAGCUGCCUACCAGUUUUGGGUUUGGAGGGUCUCUGAUCAACGACCAGUGGGUGCUGACAGCUGCAUCCAGCAUGUCACUGAAUUUCAGUAGCAGGGUGGUCUAUCUGGGCCGCAACAGCCGCUCAGGUCCAAACCCAAAUGAAGUGAAUCGCACAGUGGUAAACAUCACCUGCCAUCCUGGAUUCAACUCGUCGACUCGUGAGAACGACAUUUGUCUUCUGAAGCUGUCGGCUCCUGUCAAUUUCACAGACUACAUUCAGCCGAUCUGCUUAGCCUCACAAAACAGCACCUUCAACAAUGAGACCAGCAGCUGGGCCAUCGGCUUUAAUGAAAAUAACCUGCAGGAGGCAAACGUACCAAUAGUGGGAAACAAUGAGUGCAAAGCCAGCUAUCCACGGGUCCCAGACAGCAUCAUCUGUACUGGAGAGACAGGUUCAUGUUUGUUUAGUGUUGGGGCACCACUGAUGACUCAGAGUGGAUCCGUCUGGCUCCAGAGUGGACUUCUCAUUGCUCCUGGAUGCUCUGAGUCUGUACGUCCUUCAACCUACACUCCUGUGUCCCAGUAUCAGACAUGGAUCAGCGACACAGUUACAGCGACACCACCAGGCUUUGUUACCUUCCCCUCCCCAGACAGUUCAUUACAAACCACUGCUCCUCCCACCGCUCCUCCCACUGCUCCUCCCACUUCCCCUCCCACUGCUUCUCCCACUUCCCCUCCCACUGCCCCUCCCACUUCCCCGACAUGUGUGGCUGUGUUUUGCAGUGGUGAAAACCUGAUCCACUUCACUCACUUCACCUCACUGUGUGUUCUCGUUGUGUUGCUCCAUGUGUUUGCUGCAACUGUUGGAAACUAGAUCAACACAUUUACUCAAGUACAAACAUGAAGAACUUUACCUGACAUGUUACUUUAUAACUUUAGGAACCUUUGAUUUCACCGUAUUUAUGCACAUCAGGAGGGUUUUCUUAUUAGCACAGUUAUUAUUUUUAUGUGAUUAUUUUCUCUACACAUCUGUCUGUAUUUGCUUUACUGUCAUUAUGAAAUGAAGCCUUCUUACAUAAU